AUUCCUGCUGAGUUCUGGUUGACAGAAAGAUAGACUAUUGGAGGACAGGACUGAAAGAAAGUCUUGCAGAUCUGAAAAGGGUCAGCUCCUGGAUAAGAAACCCGAACUGGAAAGCCCUAUGCCGUGUGCUUUCAGCGGACUCUAACCCUAAGGGAGGUGCUCAUAUCAAUCAAGUCUCACUAACCAAUCAGGGCCUCCGGAUAGGCCCGCCAACAGAAGGAGAGGCGUGUUCUUCCGUGUGCCUUGUUCCUCUGCUCUCUGUUUCUCUCCGUUGCAAGCAGGCUGAAAGAUUGGUCUGAUUUAUUUUCAUCUCUGCUGCCAGGGGCCCUAGGGCAAUGCCAGCGAUCUACAACGUGGCGACAUGUAGUAUCUUCUGUAGCUCAGAUUUGACUUACCCUGUAUAAUAGAGAAUUACUUUGGAAACUCAAUCUUGACGCUGCCACCCAGUUCCUGAACGAUAGACCUGAAACACAUUCCAGGAUGUGCCAUGACUGGUCGGUCAAUGAAAAGGAAAAAAGACCAUGCAAUGCAGUGACUUAUGAGGACGUGCAUGUGAACUUCACUCAAGAGGAGUGGGCUCUGCUGGAUCCUUCUCAGAAGAAGCUCUACAAAGAUGUCAUGCUAGAGACCUACAGGAACCUCAAUGCUAUAGGGUUUAAUUGGGAAGCCCAAAAUGUUGAAGAACAUUGUCAAAGUUCUAGAAGAAACAGAAGGUGUGAAAGGAGUCAGAGUGCAGAGAAACCCUCUGAAUAUACUCAACGUGAUAAAGCCUUUGCUUUAUGUGCUCACAGUCAUGCCCAAAGGCAUGAAAGGAUUCAUACAGAAAAGAUCCCCUCUGAAGAUACUCACUGUGUCGAAGACAUUUUACCUUACAAGAGUCUCCAAGUACAUAAAAGAAAACAAACUGGACAGAAGCCCUAUGAAUGUAAACAAUGUGGUAAAGGAUUUGCAAAGCUCAGUCAUCUUAAAAGGCAUGAAAGAAUUCAUACCGUAGAGCAACCCUUCAUAUGUAAUGAAUGUGAUAAAGUCUUUUCUUUUGAACAUCAUCUCCAAACACAUAUAAGCAUACAUACUGGAGAGAAACCCUUCAAAUGUAAUCAGUGUGAUAAAUCCUUUUCAAAACAUAAUCAUCUUCAAAGUCAUAGAAGAACACAUACUGGAGAGAAACCCUACAAAUGUAAUCAGUGUGAUAAAGCCUUUUCUGAGAAAUGUAAUCUCCAAAGCCAUAUAAGGAUACACACUGGAGAGAAACCCUACAAAUGUGAUCAAUGUGAUAAAACCUUUUCUGAGAAAUGUCAUCUCCAAAAGCAUAUAAGUAUACAUACUGGAGAGAAACCCUACAAAUGUAAUCAAUGUGAUAAAGCCUUUUCUCAAUACAGUACUCUUCAAACUCAUAGAAGAACACAUACUGGAGAGAAACCCUACAAAUGUAAUCAAUGUGAUAAAGCCUUUUCUCAAUACGGUAAUCUUCAAACUCAUAGAAGAACACAUACUGGAGAGAAACCCUACAAAUGUAAUCAGUGUGAUAAAGCCUUUUCUCGAUACAGUACUCUUCAAUCUCAUAGAAGAACACAUACUGGAGAGAAACCCUUCAAAUGUAAUCAGUGUGAUAAAGCCUUUUCUGAGAAAUGUAGUCUCCAAAACCAUGUAAGGAUACAUACUGGAGAGAAACCCUACAAAUGUAAUCAAUGUGAUAAAGCCUUUUCCCAUAACUAUCACCUCCACAUUCAUAGAAGAACACAUACCGGAGAGAAACCCUACAAAUGUAAUCAGUGUGAUAAAGCCUUUUCCCAUAACUAUCACCUCCACAUUCAUAGAAGAACACAUACUGGAGAGAAGCCUUACAAAUGUAAUCAGUGUGAUAAAGCCUUUUCUCAAUACUUUUCUCUUCAAACUCACAGAAGAACACAUACUGGAGAGAAACCAUUCAAAUGUAAUCAAUGUGAUAAAGUCUUUUCUCAAUACAGUACUCUUCAAACUCAUAGAAGAACACAUACUGGAGAGAAACCCUUCAAAUGUAAUGAAUGUGAUAAAGCCUUUUCUCAAUACAGUACUCUUCAAAGUCAUAGAAGAACACAUACUGGAGAGAAACCCUUCAAAUGUAAUAAAUGUGAUAAAGCCUUUUCAAAACACAGUACUCUUCAAUCUCAUAGAAGAACACAUACUGGAGAGAAACCCUACAAAUGUAAUCAAUGUGAUAAAGCCUUUUCUGAGAAAUGUCAUCUCCAAAAACAUAUAAGUAUACAUACUGGAGAGAAACCCUACAAAUGUAAUCAAUGUGAUAAAGCCUUUUCUCAAUACAGUACUCUUCAAACUCAUAGAAGAACACAUACUGGAGAGAAACCCUUCAAAUGUAAUCAAUGUGAUAAAGCGUUUUCUGAGAAAUGUCAUCUCCAAAAACAUAUAAGGAUACAUACUGGAGAGAAACCCUACAAAUGUAAUCAAUGUGAUAAAGCCUUUUCUCAAUACAGUACUCUUCAUACUCAUAGAAGAAUACAUACUGGAGAGAAACCCUUCAAAUGUGAUCAAUGUGAUAAAGCUUUUUCACAACACUCUACUCUUCAAACUCAUAGAAGAACACAUACUGGAGAGAAACCCUUCAAAUGUAAUCAAUGUGAUAAAGCCUUUUCUCAAUACAGUAAUCUUCAAUCUCAUAGAAGAACACAUACUGGAGAGAAACCCUACAAAUGUUAUCAGUGUGAUAAAGCCUUUUCUAUGAAAUGUAAUCUCCAAAACCAUGUAAGGAUACAUACUGGAGAAAAACCCUACAAAUGUAAUCAAUGAGAUAAAGGCUUUUCCCAAUACUGUCAUCUUCAAAUUCAUAGAAAAACACAUACCUAAGAGAAACCCUUCAAAUUUAAUGAAUAUGAUAAAGCCUUUUCCCAGCAUUAUAAUCUACAAAUUCAUAAGAGAAGGCAUACUAGAGAGAAACCUUACAAGUGUAUUCAGUGUGUGUAAGUCUUUUCAAAACAUUUUCAUCUUCAAAAAAUAAAAGAAUCCACACUGGAGAAAAAAGCUACGAAGGAAUUGGAUUGUGAGCAAAUUUUUUACAAUUUUUUACAAUUUAUAUUUCCGAAUGUAUAAGUGAACGUACUGAAGAGAAAGACUAUGGAUGUGAUCAUAGUCUUAAUCGUCAUGAACAUAUUUUAGGGGCCAGAAUCCUUCUGAGUAUAAGGAAUGUGGAAAAAUCUAUGUCAGGCAGUUAUCUCCUAAUGCAGCAAGGAGCACAUACUGCAGAGAGAGAGAGAGACAGAGAGAGACCGUAUAAAUAUACACAGUGUGGUAAACCUUUGCGUAUCACAGUUAUCUUUGAAUACAUAAAAGAGCACACAAUAUAUCUCAGAAUACAUAAAAGAAGACACUGAAGAGAGAAACUGUGUGAAUAAUGUGGUAAGGCCUUUGCAGUUGACAUUGACAUUGAUCUCAUCAUGUAUAAAUUAACACAGACUUGUAAGAAAUCUCAUAAAAAUAAGAAAUGUCAUAAGCUUGUGUGUGGACCAGUCGUUUUUUUUCUUGAGAAAAAUCCAUGCUGCAGGUUAACCCUGGAAAUGGAGCCACUGUGGAAACAUUUUGUAUGUCACAGUAUCUGUAUGCGAGAGUAAAACCUUUAGCAUGGACUGGAUCGCUUAAAGUUUGCAUGUCACAAUAAUCUUUUAGGACUUUAAAGAACUCAAAAAUAAGGCAAUCUAUGACUCUGAUGGACAUGGUUCUAUCUUGUGCCAACCCAGUUACAUUAAUUCACACAACAUUAAUCAUUCUUGAGAAAACCUUUAGCAAAUGUCAACUAUCUGCUCAAGCAUGAUGAUGUCUAUUUUGUUCAUACAUGGAAACUCAUAGGGACAAAAGCCCUGUGAGGUUCAUUGAUAACGUACUGGUUUAAAAUUCACAGUUCACUUUAAGUCCGUAAAAUAACUCAUUCAGGUGUGAAACACUGUUGGUGAGUAUUAGUGCCUUUUCUGUUGUUGUGAUAAAAUGUCUAAGGUAUUGUAGAAUACUGAAGUCCCAAACCAGGGUUUCCACCCCAGCUUUGGCCAAUUUUUUUCCAGGUAAAACACACACAACUUUUAUAUUUGUAAUAAACCUUAAUCAACACCCAAUAUUGGCUAAUAUCUAUCCUCUAUGCUAUCUUGUCUAUUUGCCAGCCAGUAAUUUUGUCAUAUUGUUUUGCUUUAUUUCUUCUGGGUUAUGCUUAACUCCAUUAUUUUAUUGUUGACCUAACUUAAGGCUGUUUUUUCUCUGUCUGCUUUCUUGUCCUUGUGGUUCUCCACUGAUCCCAAGUCCAGUAUCCCUAAUCCCUGUCUAUGUCUGUUCUGCCCAGCUACUGUCCAGCUAUUGGUUGUUGUCAUCUUUAAUAGCCAGUCAGAAGAAACUUGAGAGCAAGGUCACACACCUUCUCUUAGGUCUGUGUGCAGAUCUUGUCUUCUAUGGAGCAAUCAUUUUUUUAGUUCCCUGCUUUUAACAUUACAGGUCAUAGCAAGAAACGAAACACCAACAUGAAGGCAAUUUUUAGAAGCAUUUAAAUUUCAUUAGAGUUCUAAAGGGAUAUAAGAUCACCAUGAUAUUGUCAGGGCAACAAGGUCAUUUGUGGCAGCUAAAGGAGGAGCUCAGAGCUCACGUCCUCAACCUAUAGCCUCAAAGAGAGUAUUAGAGCCAGGUGAGGUGUCACUCACCUUUAAUCCCAGCACUUGGGAGGCAGAGGCAGGCAAAUUUCUGAGUUUGAGGCCAGCCUGGUCUACAGAGUGAAUUGCAGCACAGCCAGGGCUACACAGAGAAACCCUGUCUCAAUAAAACCGAGAGAGAGAGAGAGAGAGAGAGAGAGAGAGAGAGAGAGAGAGAGAGAGAGAGAGAAUGAAUGUGUUCGAAUGUGUUAGGACUAGACAUGAUUUGAGGAAGUAAACUCUGAAAUUCAACCUAGUGACAUAGUUUCUCUAGCAGGCAGACAUUUCCUACAUCUCCCCAUAUGACACUACUAACUGAGAAGUAUUGAUUUCUCUGCCAUCAAUCCUCUAUGCUUGCUUUUUUGUUAUAUAAGCCAACUCAUGAUGAAGAAAAACUCUGGAUAAGCGUUAUUUGCCACAAACCCUGGGUUAUAGUAGUCAAUGUUUAUACAAGAAUGACAUCAUGAAUAAAAUUUUCUUUGCUGACCAAUUUCGUUUAAUUUUAUUUAUGGGGUUUGUCUGCAUCUUUGGGUGAGUAUGUGCAUGUCUAUGAAGAUUUCCAUGAUCAUUAAGUUGUUGUAUCUUCUUCUAGCAGAAGAUACACCAAGAUGUCCAAACUUGACUUUGUCCCUGGGAAUGAAAUUUUCUUAAUUACUUGGCCAUAUCUCUAGCCAUCUAAAUAAAUAAAGUAUUUUAUAUCAUUAUGAUGUCAGGAAAUAGAAAAAAAUAGAAGAGAAACACCCUAUCCAUGUUGAUGACCUUGUUAUAGCCUGUAACAUCACAGAUGUUUUCCAUAUCAGGGACAACAUCCUGUUUCUUCUCUUUUCAUCAGAGCCUUGAAGGAAGUAAAUUAUUUCCCAUGGUCCCUCGAGUGUUGUAGUCGAGAUCACCAAUUGUGCUGGUGGUUUUAUUUUCAAACAUUUGGAAUAGAUAUUAAAGUUUGUUCUAUGUCUUUCAAAUCCAUUUACAAACGUAUAUUAUGCGAUCCUUGACUUCCUUCUGUGAUUUCUGUUCAGCUUUAAUCCCACUUUUCUUGUUGAUAGGUACUCUUCUACUGCAAUAAAAUGAGUUAGAUACUCA